GUAGUACUCGAAAACGGUCUUGGUCUCGAGACCGGUCUUAAGACCAUUUUUUGAUAGUCUCGGUCUUGUCUCGGACUCGACCACAUUCGGUCUCGGUCUUGUCUCGGUCUCGGACAUUGAGGACUCGGUAUUUUAUUUCAAGACCGGUCAAGACCACAACUGUGAAAAUAACGCUAAAUCAUCAGUAUCAAUUUCUUUAAGAUCCUUCUUUUUAUUGGAUGCACUCCUGAUUCAAAUUAAAGCAAUAACCCGUCUCAUUGGUAAAUGCAUGUUGUUGUUUUUUUAACUGCUGUCGCCCCCCCCCUUUCACCUUGAGCGCGGACUGCAGCACUUCGAUUGAAAGUUACAAGUGGUUGUCUGAGAAGGGGAUAAGAUGUCGGCCAAAUCAUCGGUUAUAAAAUUUGGCUAUUUAAAUCACAAACAAUACAUUUGUAAAGCAACAUUGAGAAAAAAGCAUACAGCGCAAUGUAAGUUCUGCAGUGCUUCACUAUCAGAGACGGUGGGGACUACGUCCAACUUUUAUCGACACCUUGAAAGAAAGCACAAAGAAAGGUAAGCUGUGUGUAAAAGUGAUAUUAGGAAAGCUAGCAAGUUAACGUAAGCAAUUUCCUCGGUAUCAAAAUUAUUCUACCCGGCCAUCACACAGUUCUUAUUUCAAUAUUAGCUACACAUAUUAAGUUAGCUAAAGUUAUAUAUGUAUGCUUUAUCUUUUAGGGUGAAUGUUCUCCUUUCUUAUCCGCUAUUUGCCACCUAGCUUGAUGCACAAGUUGUCACCUAGUAGUGUUUGUGAAAACAUGUCGGACAUUACUGAUUUAAUUUAAAGAAGUGUUGAUUCGUGUUGUGCAUGGACAACGCUGUUUCAAUUACAGCUUUCCUGAACAUGUCUCCGUAUUUCUGUCGGCUUCAUGAGUGGAUUGCAGCACAUAGGUGGAAGCAGAGCAAAAAUAAAAGUCUGAAUAGAUAAUCGUAAUAUAUUUUGGUUCUUGUUCAAUACUUCUCAUGAAGGAGAAGACUGAUGUGGAAGUCUCUACCUAUGUUUAUUAAUAACCAUAAUAAGGUGACGUACGUAACCAUGACAGAACAAUGGUUCGUAAUGGUUCUGUCAAUAAGUAACCAUGACAGAACGUAAUGGUUCGUAAUGGUUACGUUCUGUAACGUAACCAUGACAGAACGUAAUGGUUCUGUCAGCUUGUGCUGGCUUGUGCUGGUGGGUAACCCCAAUGUCUCCAAAGCCAUCAUAUAUAAUUUAUUAAUGUGCCAAACCUGAUAUGUUUAACCUUAAAUAAGUUGUAUUUUCUUGCAUUGGUCCUACAAUUAACAUUAUUAAGGGAAGUAAGCAAAUGCAGUUAACCUUGAGAGACUGAGUCGACUGGACAUAUAAUAACAUCCUGUUCCUAAGUUAGAUUUUUUCUUUCUCAUGAAAAACAAUUAUGAGACAGUGAAUGAAUUCAUUCACUGUCUUAUAAUUAUGAACUAAGGUCAAUGUAAGUUACACUGACCUUAGGAGCUGGAUAUAGCUCCUGACAUUGAAGAUAAGACGUGGAGGUGAUGCUCUGUUGUUUGGCUGUGGGAACUAGUCUAUAGAUAUAAGCAGAGAGUGAAGAGACUAAUAUGCCUCACCUUAUGAAAAAUUAAUAAAUUAGUUGCUUUGUAUGGAUAUAGGCAAAUUACUUUUAGAAACCACAUUGUUAUGUUGCCAUUUACAAUUUCAGGUCAAUAAGUAACUUUUUACCAGUUCACUCUCUAUGGUUCAUACCAUAUCAGUCAUUUAACUUACUUGUUUAUCCAUUUCAAAAAUGUGAUGGCCAAAAUACCAUUGAUUUGCAUUUUGUUUAUCUACAUGCGUUUCUAGUAACAUUACAUUACACAUAUUUGACAUGUAUUUGUAAAGUUCCUACUUAUUUUUAAGGUUGUUUUCUUAUGUAAUUGAUGUUCAUAUGAUCAGAUAAACUGAUUUCUAUGUCCUAUUUAUUAGGUUCCUGGAAUACAAGGCAGGGCAACAGAGUGAUGUCACACAGCCAACAAUAUCGUUAUUUACACAGAAAGUGCAGCUCUACAGCCCACAAUCGCCAAGGCAGCAAGCCAUCAGUGAAGCCAUUGUUCAAGAUUUGAUCAUUGGAUGUUGUCUGCCCCUCUCCCUCGUGGAAAAUGGACACUUUAAACACUUUCUUGAAGUCCUGGACAGUAAAUACACACCAAUCUCUAGAAAAACAGUUUCUGAGAGACGAAUUCCAGAAUUGGUCAGAAAAGUCAAGGAAACUGUCUUGGAGAAACUGAAGACCCAGUCGUCUGUGUCAUUAACAACUGACCUUUGGUCUGAUCGCAGGCUACGCUCCUUUCUUGGGGUGACUGCCCAUGUGUGCUACAAAUCUAAAGAUUGCUAUGCACUUGAAACCUACCUGCUGGACUGUAGGCGUUUUACAGGGAGGCAUACUGGAGAGCACAUUGCGUCUGCCUUUGAGGAGAUCACUGAGGAAUAUGGUAUUCGUGACAAAAUUAGCUAUAUCAUAACAGACAAUGCACCCAAUAUGAAAUGUGCUUUCAAAGUACACAUGCCCCAGCAGCAAUCUGAUGACAGUGAGAGUGAAGAGGAUAAUUUAGAUGACGAGCACUUGUGGGAGGACAUUAAUUCAGAGGAAGACAUUGACUUACCAUGGUCAUCUGGUGAACGUCUUUCCUGCUUUGCACACUCUCUCCAGUUAGUUGUGCAUGAUGGUAUGAAGGAGGUCAAGACCAUUUCUCGCACCAUAGCAAAAACGUCAAAGUUCGCAACCCUUUUACAUAGCAGCUCACAAUUUAAAGAUAAGUUUGAGGCUGCAUUUGGCACCAAUAAAAGUGUUCCAGCUGCAAAUACAACUCGUUGGAACAGUACAUUUAAACAAGUACAGGCCCUUACAACUCUAGAACACAAAUCACUCAGUGAAAUGUGCAACAAAGACUAUGAGGAUGUCGUGUUCAGUGCGCGGGAGUGGAACCAGCUAAAGGAGCUAUGUAUAGUUCUUUCUCCAUUUGCUGAAGCAACAGAGCUGACCCAAGGGGAAAGAUCAGUGACUAUUAGUAUGGUGGUUCCAACUGUACUGGACUUGAACACACACCUCCUCAAGAUGGAGGAGACCCGAAUGCAGUGCCGGCCGUUGGUCAGAGCCCUCCAGCAGUCUCUGGUGAAAAGAUUUUCUGGAAUCUUUACAAAAACAAACAUGGCCAAAGACAGUGGAAGAGAGGAACCUUUUAACCAUGAUGUGUACUUCUUUGCUGCCAUGCUGGAUCCACAGUUUGGCUUAAGCUGGGUGGAUUUAGAUGUUACCAACGGAGGUAAUGCAGCAUCGGUGAAGAAGUUCAGAGAUGAACUUAAGAAGACACUGACAGACACAUUGAUCUUUGGGGUGGAGAACAUGGAGAGUACAGAUGACAAGUGCUCAGAAGCCAUGAAUGUGGAUCCAACCAGUCAUUCGCCACCAGCCAAAUGCCCUCGACUUCUGUCACGCUACAAGGCACAUAAGAAGCACAGCUCCUCUGUCCAGAAUUCAAGUAUUGCAACACAAUUAAACAGAUACUUUAAUGAUAUAAGAGACUGUGACAGUGACAAUGCUCUUGCCUUCUGGGGAGAAAACCAGUCCAAAUAUCCUCAACUGCACAAUUUGGCUUUGAAAGUGCUAUCCGUCCCUGCCUCCUCUGCACCAGUGGAAAGGGUUUUUAGUCGAGGAGGCAUUGUAAUGAGACCCCAUCGUGCACGUUUAGGUGCAAAAAUGCUGCAGUCUCUAAUCUUUCUGAAGUGCAAUGAAACCUUACUUUAAACUAAUUUUAUGUAUCACCUACUUUAUUUCAACCACUGUUCAACUACAUGGUUAUCCUUGUUCUUGAGUUUUGCCAUUGACGUUUUCUAAAGCUUUGGCGUAUUAUGAAACUGCUUCCAGUUGUAUAAUUUUAUUUUUGAAACGCAUGCAGUUGGGCCUCUAAAUGUCAGAUUUCUUUAUUAUGUAUGUUAUGUAUAAGUUGCUACAUCCAUUCAACAGCAGAGUUAAAGAUGCAGUAUGUAACUUUGUUAAAACAAAAAAAUAUCUUUGUAAAAGUUAUAUAGUUUUUUUUAUAUAUUUAUGUCACUAUGUUGUGUCAGUAUGUUAUGAGACUGACAAGCUGUGAAAAUAUUGAGCUCCUCUGCCUUUUCUCCAUGUUCCCAGUGCUAACUGGAGAAAUACACUGCUUGGUCAAAAACAAACCAUCUGAUCCAGCAAAAGGGUCUUAGAACUGAUAAAAGUCAGUCAUGUUUUUGUGCACGUAUUUCAAUGGGGUUUGUAUUUCUGCAGAUGGCAGUAGUCGCUCAGGGAGGAAGUGAAGGAGAUCAAUCUUUUUUUCAACAAAUUAUCUGUCUCAUAACAUAUUGUCACAACUUGGUGAUAGAUAUAGAUUUAUUUAAGAAAAGUUAUAUAAUGUAGCUAUAAUCUGUAUACGAGAGAGAAACGAGAGAAAUGAUUGGCAUUUUUUCAGUUUUACAUAUUUGCACAUGGUUUUGAAAUAGCACAUUUAAAAACAACAUAAAUGUAUGUACUGUUCAUGAAAGGCAGAUAAAAUACUAUUUUGAUCGACUUUGAUUGUUUGAAAUUCUAUGAUUACAACAUAGAAGUACUAAAUAAAGAUGUUUAUGUUUAUUCCAGUUCUCUGUGUAAAAUAUCUAGGUGUUUUUACGUGAAUGUGGGUCUUUUAGAUCAAUUUUAGUGAUUUUGAUCAUGUUUCACAUUUUAUUGUCACAUACUGGCGCUGGUCUUGGUCUUGACUCGGUCUCGACUUCCCUCGGUCUUGGU